AUGAAUGUGCCGUUUACUCUCGAGAAUCCGGAGUUGGAAGCUGAGUUUGUGAAGGAGGCAGCGAAAGAGAAGAUUGUUCAGCUCAAGGGAUAUAGGUCAGUGGGAGGGAUGAGGGCUUCAAUUUAUAAUGCCAUGCCUUUGGCUGGGGUUGAGAAAUUGGUUGCUUUCAUGAAGGAUUUCCAGGCAAAGCAUGCUUAA